UUUUGUAACAUCUGAGCCAGCCCAGGUUUGGAUUUUGGCCAAGACUAAAGCCUUAGUCCUUAUGUAUUUUUGUUUUUCAGGCUUGAACUGGUUACAACUAACUCUCCUUCUCUGCACUUUCUAGCUUCUAUGAUUCUGUUAUAGCCCAGCUUUAAGAUGAACCAUCCCAAGGUGCUGGAAGGCUACAAGCCAAGAGUGAGCCACAAAAAAAGAACCCCAGCUGCUUUGUGCCUGGAUGAGGAGCUGGAGGAAAGCUGCUCCUCAGGAAGCUGCCAAGAUCUUUGGCCUGUCCAGGGAACCACUGCAGGCAUGGAGAAGGAGGUGCUCACAGCAGCUCCUGCACAGGACACACAGGUGUCUGCUCACAGGAACCCUGUGCUUGCCAAGGUGCACUGGGGCAGUGGGCUGACAUGGCUGCUCCUGGCCUUCCAGGACCAGGGGGAAUUGUGCCCUGUGACACUGCCAUGCAAGCGAUGGAGGAUGAGCAGGACAUCUGGAAUGGCAGUGACACACACAAGACCAAAGGAGCUCCUGCUGUUUCCAGUGAGAGCACAGGCAAAGACAAUCUAUUCUUGCCUCUCUGCUUUCCAGAGAAGCUUUGGAAAAUGCUGGAAAGUGACCAGUUUCAGUCCAUUUGGUGGAGUGAAGGUGGAAAAUGUGUGGCCAUCAACAAGGAUCUCUUUGAAGUGGAGGUGCUGGGCAGGGGAGUUUGCCGGCGGGUUUUUAACACGCAGCACAUCAGGAGUGUCAUUCGCCAGCUGAACCUCUAUGGGUUCACCAAAGUGCAGCGGGAUUGCCAAAGAUCUGCCUCCCUGCCUGAAUUCCUAUCAGAGGAAGCAGCAGCUUCUGCUCACAGCCAGAUCCUCUACUACUAUAACCCCAGCUUCAACAGAGCACAUCCCUGGCUGCUGGGAACGUGCAAAAGGAGAGCUGCCCUCAAACAGAGAGCCCUGUGUGCAGCAGGCCUGGAUGAGAGGCCCCUCCAAAAGCCCAGAUGGUCAGUGUGGAGGGAGAUGCAGGUGUCAGCUGAAGCCCAUCCAUCUCCACUGGCAGCUGCUCCCAUGCUUCUUGAGCCUCCUGGAGCACUGAAUGGAUAG